AUGUCGUCGUUUCUGGACACUAUCAGUGGUUUGCAUAGGCCAAGCGCUUGUGGGGUGUUGGCUGGGCGUCCUGGCGUGCCCGUGGCGUGCCGAACCCGCAGCAUGAUUGGGUCACCCCCAUUGUGAGUGCGGGAAGACCAGUCCUCCCGCCAAUUGCUUCAAACCUGCUCUGCUCUAUAUAUCAAGCCACAGCAUUCGCCCUGCCAACAUACACGCACAUAAUCCUUAGGCCGGCUGAGCGAUUCGCAACACGCGACCGAACAACUAGGGCGUACAAGCCACUUUAGCGGGGCCUUCGAGGCCAUGCCCUCGCAAAUGGCGCAACAGCUGCUGGCUCCUAUCACUCAGAUUGCCGACCAGCGGCAAAAGACGGAGGCAUACAAGGGCGCGCUCCAGCAGAUCCUGGACUCGGCACAAGUGGAUGCGUGCAAGGAGUUCGUGAGCCACAUGCUGAGCGACGAUGUGCCGCUCGUCAUCAGUCGUCAGCUGCUGCUGCUCUACGCCCAGGGCGUGGCUAAGCUGCCCUCGGCGACGCACGUGGCUGUGGCGACUGCCUCGCUGGAGAAGCUGCAGCCGCGGGUGGUGUCGUUCGAGGACAGCGUGGUGCUGCUGAGGGAGGAGCUGGCGGCGGCACUGGAGCGGGAGGAGGAGUGGAGCAAGGCGGCACAGGUGCUGUCGGGCAUCGACCUGGAGGGCGGCGGGCGGGCAGUGGAGCCGGGCUACCGGCUGAGGCAGAACAUCAAGAUCGCCAUGCUGUACCUGGAGGACGACGACUCUGUGAAUGCGGAGAUGUACAUCAAGAAGGCCGCCGCGCUCAUCAGCGCCUGCAAGGACGAGGGGCUGGAGCUGCAGUACAAGACCUGCUACGCCCGCAUCCUGGACGCCAAGCGGCGCUUCCUGGAGUCCGCCCUGCGCUACUACGAGCUCAGCAGUGCGAGGCCCUCGCCCGCAUCCAGCGUGCAGCUUGACGAGGCCGACCUGUCCACCGCCCUCAACGCCGCCAUCACCUGCACCAUAUUGGCGCCCGCGGGGCCGCAGCGCAGCCGCAUGCUGGCGGCGCUGUACAAGGACGAGCGGUCCAGCCGCCUGGAGGUGUACCCGUUCCUGCAGAAGGUGUACCUGGAGCGAAUCCUGGACAGGCCGGAGGUGGAGGCGUUUGCCAAGGGGCUCAAACCCCACCAGGUGGCCACGCUGCCGGGCGGCGGCACGGUGCUGGACCGCGCAGUGGUGCAGCACAACCUGGCGGCGGCCAGCAGGCUGUACUGCAACAUCGGCACGGACCAGCUGGGCGGGCUGCUUGGUGUGAGUGCGGAGGCGGCGGAGGCCAUUGCCGCGGACAUGGUCGCGGAGGGGCGCAUGGCGGGCAGCAUUGACCAGGUGGACCAGCUGAUCCACUUCGGCGCCAAGGUGGAGGUGGAGGCGCUGCUGCGGUGGGACGAGUCCAUCCGGGCAGCGUGCGGCAAGGUGGUGGACCUGCUGGACUCGGUGGCGGCACUGGGGCUGGCGGGAGCCCGGUGAGGAGAGGUGAUGGAGGUGAUGGAGGCGGAGGGGGAAGGGGAGGGAGGGGGAAGAGGAACGGCGAGGCAGCAGCAGUGCGGUGUGGCUGUGGAGGCAGGGCGGCAGGGAGGCGGCCCGUCAGGAGGAGCGGCCGGUAGAGAGCAGGCGCGGAGCAGGACAGGAGCAGGCGAGGCGGCAGCAGGGCAGGAGCAGGGGAGGCGCAGGGGUGGCGGCACGGGUUGGGGGCGGUUUGGGACUGUUGGGGACGGUUGGGGACGGUUGGGGACGGUUGGCAGCAGGGCGUGUCAGGAGUGGGUGGUCGUUGCACAGUGACGGCAUGCGCGCCGCACACGCAGUGCGUGCGAGGUGGCGGCACCCGUACCCCAGCCUUGUCUCCAUCAUGUAAUGCAGGGAGUGGCGCGUGGGAGGACAACAGAGAGUGCGGGUGUGCCCUCUUGCAUGGGAGGGGAGGAGGCUUGGGUUUGGGUGUGGGGCCGCGGCGUGGCGUGGCGUGCCGGCAGGAAGCUGGGGGGAAGCUCAGCCUCCGUAAUGUCCGCCAUAUCGAGCAACUGUCCUCGUGCCCUCCCUGAGCACCGGUUGAAAAAUGCGUGUCAAGGCAAUCCCUGCCGUGGGUGGCCUGAGGCCUGUGGCUAGGCGGUGUGGUUGGGCGCGGGGCUCAGGGAGGUGUGUGCUGGGGAUCAAGGGAGCGAGAGUGCGCGUGUGUCCAGACGUGGACGGAAGGGGAGGAGGACUGCACUUGCACUUGGGGCCGUGGCCGUCGGGGCUAGGGGAUUGGGGAUUGGGCAAAACAUCAGCCGGGCGGGAGACUACAACGGGAAACUGG